GACUGUGCCGCAGUGCGCCGCCGCGCCGCCCGCCGGGAUGCUGCACUCUGCAGUGAGUGCUCCGGCCGGUUCGCCCCGCCGCCGGCGCUGCACUGGCGUCAACGACCGGGCUGGGCGCUGGUCACCGCCGACCCGGCAGACUGCACUGCACUCUGCCAGCAGUGCCAGUCACCGGGCCAGGCAGGGAGCGCGUGAGACGGGCACACAGAGGGCAGAGCUCCAGACAGACAUGUAGGCGGAGGAAUCAGCCGGCUGGGGACGAAGAUGGCGAAACAAGCUGACGAAGACGGCAAAACAAGCCUAUGAUGACAGUUAUGCCUGUGGACGGAUAACACUUAACCAGCAAACGGACGAGCAAGCGACGAGACCAGUUGCCAACAGCAGAAAUUUCUAGAGCGCAGGCAAAACCGAAAAUUUAUGAGCCGGAGAAGGAGGACCAAUGGAAGAUGGACGAGGUCAAGUCGAGAUCCAGCUGCUCGAAAGGAUCAGAUUCUCUGUUGUGUGGCUGCAGCCUGGCGGCAGGCCGUUCUCGGCCGUUCCGGCGACUGGCCGUGCUCUCGGCCGCCGUGCUCUGGUCUCUGGGCGUGCUCGUGGUCGUGCUGCGCCGUCCCGACUCGUUGGACGUGCUCCUUCGCCCCGCCGCCACAACCAUCAACGUCAUACCCGCCUGCAACCUGAGUGCCAGCGACGCUGCUGUGCUGUUCGAUGAGCGCGACCUGGCCAUGUUCCGGUUCGUGUUUGACUGGCUGGAGACGCCGACGGCCCGGUGUGACGACCUGCGCGUCUUCGGCGACAAGCUGGUCUGCUUCGACGCGCCGACGACGCUCAGCUCGUCGGACGCCUGUCUGGUGUACUCGUUCGGUCUGAGCGGCGACUGGGCGUUCGAGCGCGACAUGGCCGCGCUCGGCUGCGAGGUGCUGGCGUUCGACCCGUUCGCCGAGCGGCGCCAGGACGCCAUCACGCUGGGCGUCCGGUUCCGGCCCGAGGGCCUGCUCCACCAGAGCGGCAUCCUGGGCGGCAAGCAGAUGCUGACGCUGGACGCGGCGGCGCUGUCGGGCCACCAGGAGAUCCCGGUGCAGUACCUGGCCGUGGACGUAUCGGCGCGCGGCGAGUACGGCCUGCUGCAGCAGCAGAUCACGGACCGCUACCGCGGCGAGUUUGUGCUGCACCUGGUGGAGCAGCUCUGGAUGGAGGUGCACCUGCCCAGCUCCGUCACCCAGCUCCCCGACAUCCUGGCCGUGGACACGCUGGAGCGCGCCUUCCAGGACCUCGGCCUGAUGGGCUUCCGACUGGUCUACUCCGCCCCGGACCUGAGUGAGUCGGCCGAGCUCUACUCGUACCCGGGCGUCGACAGACCCGUCUACCUCGUGCACCACGUGCUGCUCGUGAGGAUGGGCCCCGACAUCUGGUCUCGCCGCAACCGUGCUCAGCUCAGCCGGCUAGAGAAGAGAUACGGCUAGUCAGAGCCGCCCGUUCAGGUUGUUGCAGGCUGGGACGGUGGACGAGGGGCGCGUGGGAACUUUGAAUCGAGUUGUACAUAUAGUGAUGACUUUAAUUAAGAUAAGCGUGAGGCAUCCGCGCCGUUCGCGAUGUCUCUGUGUCAAUGACACUGAGUCAUUUUGUGGUAAGUGUGUGCGUGAACUGAGCAUGUUGCGUCAAGUGGCGCAGAAUAAGAGACAGUUUGACGAAUACCAUGGAUAAUAGCAGUUGACGAAAUAAUUGUCGAUAGGACGUUCCACGAACUUUUUGGCAGGGUCUUGCCUGAAAAAAACAUUGGAGAGAUCAAACCACCAUUGAUACACCGUUAACGUGAUCACAUUUUUUGCAUAUAUGAACUGCCAUGAUGACGUAACAGAUUUUUGUUCAACUUUCUCAGCCGGCCUGUGUCUCAACAUAGUGGAUGCCCCGAUGCCCCCGCUGACUCACAGGUUGUGCCUUGUGGCCUCGGUAGCUUAGUUCAUUGAUGUAUUGCGUAACGUAUGUUGUGGUCUUAUUAUCCCUUUAGCAUUGUUCCUCCGCUGGUUGAGAUCGACUGUUAAAUGCAUUACUACAACGUUC